UAGGAAGAUGGCGCCGAGGACCGGAAGCUGGCAGCAUCAGGAGGUGGAGGUUUGCUGGAGCUCUCCGGCCACUUUGAGAUCCAGAAGGUGAUGUACGGCUUCUGCAGCGUCAAGGACCCCCAGGCUGUGCUCCCCAAAUACGUCCUCGUCAACUGGGUAGGUGAGGAUGUGCCGGAUGCCCGCAAAUGCGCCUGUGCUAGCCACGUGGCCAAGAUUGCCGAGUUCUUCCAG